GCGCGAAUUCCGACACCCCGCACGCCCCGUCCGACGUCUCUCUUCCCACCAUGGUGCGCGUCGCUUCUCCGCGUAUGGUGCUGCUGAUCGCGGCGGUGGCGCUGGCGGUGGCCGCCGCGGUGGUCGAGGCACACCCCAAGCCGCACCUCCUGUCCCGCGUGCAGCGAGGCAUCUUGGACUUCAGCGACAGCGGCAACUUCGUCGCCACCAUCACGGGGUUGCUUUUCAAAGCCAUGAGGUUCGCAAUGUACUACAUGAUGCCCAAGGAUAUGUACUUCGCAUUAUUUGGUGACGAUACAGUUAGCGCUCAGGAAUCUCUGUUCAGUGAGUCAUAAAAAUACGACAGCGUUCGUCUCAGAUCACAAUUUUUGUAAAUAUGCGUGAAAUACACACAUUGAAAA